AUGGUUCAUGAUGUACAAUUGUCGCAAGACAGUGAUAGUAUUGCAAGCGAGGGUCCAUACCAGGAAAACAGCCAGGUACCGCAUUGCAUGGCGAGCAUGUCUACAGAGGACGUGAAUUCCAAGUCGUUUGGUGGGAAGGAGAAUAUUGGGUCGUUGUCAAGAACAACGACAAGAGAAAUCGCAGACACAGCCGAACACUCAGAGGCAUCUACUUUACAAGACUUUGGUGAGGAAAAAACAGAGGAACCGCCUUAUACUCUUCUCAGUUACGCACAAAAAUGGGGAAUGGUCGCUUUAUUGACCAUGUGUACCUUUUGGUCGUCAUUGGGUUCACCAAUUUAUUAUCCAGCUUUGAAGCAGUUAGAGAGAAAGUUCAAUGUGGACGAGGAUAUGGUUAAUGUAACAGUAGUGGUCUACUUGCUAUUCCAAGGUAUCGCACCCACAGUGAGCGGCGGUGUAGCAGACAUUUAUGGUCGGAGACCAGUGAUCAUUGGAGGUAUGAUCAUCUACGUUGGUGUUUCAGCAGCAUUGGCAUGUUGCAACUCUUUCGGUGUUAUAAUUUUCUUGAGAUGUGUACAAAGUGCGUGCAUCUCUCCUACUAUAGCUAUAUCAUCCGGUGUGGUUGGUGACUUUACGUUGAAACACGAAAGAGGCACAUUUGUUGGCGCGACGUCAGGGUUUGCUUUAUUGGGACAGGCGUUUGGUUCUUUAAUUGGUGCAGCAUUAGCCGCAGCUUGGGAUUGGAGAGCAAUCUUCUGGUUCUUAGUCAUUGGUUGCGGUACAAGUUUAGCCAUCGUCUUUUGUCUGUUACCUGAAACAAAGAGAACAAUUGUAGGCAAUUUAUCAAUUCAGCCAAAGAAUGUUGUCAAUCGAACCCCAAUAUUUUUGUUAAAGAGAGUCCAGAAAAGAUUUAGAUACGAUCGUCCCGAUAUUUCAACAUUAGAUAAAAAUGUGCCAAAACUGGAUCUAAUUUCUCCACUUAAGAUCAUUUCAAAACCUGAAAUCAUAUUGUCGCUGUUUCCAGCGGGGUUGCAGUUUGCUAUGUGGACUUUAAUGCUUGCAGCAAUCUCUUCUCAAUUGACUUCUUCUCCAUAUAAUUACAAAUUAACAAUUGUAGGUGUUUGUUAUCUACCGGGUGGUAUUGGAGGUUUAUUUGGAUCACUAAUCACCGGGAGAAUCAUUGAUAUAUGCUACAAAUAUUAUCUAAAAAAAUUUGAGGAGAGGAAAAAACAAGGUUUAAUUGCUGAAGAAGCCGAAUUUAAUAUUUUCAGAGCUCGUGUAAUGGCAGGUUUACCACAAAACUUUAUUGCAGUUGUUUCGUUCUUAUUAUUUGGUUGGAGUGUCGACAAAGGCUGGCAUAUUUCUGCCGUAUUAAUAACGUCAUGUGUGAGCUCGUUCUGUACAAUGUCUACUUUAUCAACGUCAUCCACAUUAUUAGUCGAUUUAUAUCCUAACAGGUCAUCUACAGCAACAAGUUGCUUUAAUUUCAUUAGAUGCAUUUUAAGCGCGAUUUUCAUGGGUUGUUUCGCUAAAAUGAAAACUUCAAUGACAGUAGGUGGCACUUUUAGUUUCCUAUGUGCAUUAGUGUUUGUUGGAAAUUUCUUAUUAUAUUUUCCAAUGCGUUCCGGAAUGAAGUGGAGACGUCAAAGAGCUUUAAAGUCUGAACUUAAAUUGAUGACAAAAUAA